GCAAUUAUCCUUCUUCAGUUGCUUGGCUGGGUUUUUUUGCCUGUCUAUAUAGCUGGAGGGGUGAGUAUGGACUAGCUGAGCUUAGUUUUCAGCUACAAAAUUAACCCACGUUUUAUGUAAUAAUGACCUGGUGUCUGAGCUUUAAAACUGGGUGGGGUGGGAUGGGGUGGGUUGGCAACUGCCACGCCCCUACUCAAAUGAUUCUGUUUUAGCAAAGUAUAAUGUAAACCAGGUAGUCACUAAGGCUAAUUUUUACAAACAUUGGAGUCAGAGUCACAGUCAGAAGUGCAGCAGUCUAGAGCAUUACAAUGAUCUAUUGAGGAAGACAGCAUUCUAAUUCUGUUAAGAAUCUAGUAAGAGGUAGCUUGUUGGAUCCUUGACAAGUAGAAGCAGAAGCAGAAGAACUGUACUAAUUAAAAAUUACCUAUCACAGUUUGUUGAAAACAUUGUGAUGUUGGUUUAUUCCUUUGCUUGUGCUUCUAAAUCAGGCAAUGUCAGUGGUUUUCGUUAGAUUGUAAGCUACAGAGGCAGAAGAAAAAGCUCUGAUUCUUGUCACUCCAGUUGCAUCUAAGUCCAGCUGUUUAUUUUCACUAGAUCAUAACUUAAUAAGAAUUAUGAACUGACUCCGUUGAUAGUGAAAACAAGCCUUAAGUUGAGUAUUAAGUUUCUGAUGGUGCUGACUUGAAUCUGUCUGUUAAUUCUCAAAAUUGUAUAGCAAUAUUUUUUCCUUUUCUUUUUGUAGAUUUGCACCUUACCAGAAUACAUUUCUCGUCGCUAUGGUGGCAAGAGGCUGAGAAUGUGGCUGUCUGUUGUUUCCCUUUUACUGUACAUCUUCACUAAAAUAUCUGUAAGUUGGCAUUCCACAGUACCAACAAUACAGUCAACUGCCUCUGAAUGGACACCUCCAUAAGACAGAAUUCUGUAAAAUGGAUACCUAGAGUUGGUUCCUGCCUUUCUGUAUUCCCUUUAUAUGAUUCUCUUUAAGACAGACAUCUCUCUAAGACGGACACUUUUAAGUGCCAACCCCAGAGGUGUCCGUGCUGGGCAGAUCAGAGUUGACUGUAAAACUGAGGAUAAAAACUGAAGCAAAGAUUAUCUCUUAUUUGGGUUGGUUUGAGUGAAACUAAAGCUGUUUUGUAUCUUACGUCAGGUCAAUUUAUUUUCUGGGGCAUUGUUUAUUCGAUUGGCUCUUGGAUGGAACCUGUACCUGGCCAUUUUGUUGAUGCUUGGAAUGACCUGCCUCUGUACAAUUACUGGUGAGUUAAAUUUUCCUUCUAUGGUUUGUUUCAAGUGUUUCCUCCAGAACCUUAACAGGUGGUAUGUCUUUAGUUAAAGCUACAUUAUUAAAACAGCAACAAAAAUGUGCAACUGCAGAACGAGUUGAAAAUCCUUGUUCAAACUUGUCUUGUGACAAAUCAUGUUGUUGCAAGAAUACUGACUUCUGAUGGGAUAAAAUUAUGAGGGGGCAUGCCAUACACUAGCCUGUACACAGACGUUGCUUUAUUUUUCUUUUUGAUAAUCAGCGAGUGUGUGAGAGUGAACGCGAAGCGCAACAAUGAGCAUGGAGUACAAGAAAGAAAAAUAAAGAACGUCUGUAGCCAUCUUUGGGAAAAAGAGGUUUAUUAAGUCCCUCCCCCACAUGUCAACACCUUAUCGUUAUCACCUCUGCGUUUGAAGUAACCAAUUAAAUUGGACCAAUGAUCAUUGAUAUCAAUGGAUAACUUGCAUUAUGGAAUCAUAUCAUACAUCAAACAUUCAAAUUUUACUUCGGGGUGGCAGCAUGCUGAUGGCUAUUUUUGAAUAAAUGGCUUGAAAAACACUGUCAACACCAAUUCAAAGUAGACAGACUGCAAAUUAUAGUAGUUGCUAAAAAAAUAUAUCUACGUGUCUCAACUGUUCUUCAGUAGGAUGCCUAAAAUGCGUGCAAUUCCACAAGUGGUUUCGGCUCCAUUAAAUCCUAUACCUGCAAUUGCAGAACAUUUUAGGAGGAGCCACCCACCGUGUGUUAUAUUUCUCUUUUCAGGUGGAUUAACAGCAGUUAUUUACACAGACACACUUUGUACUUUUCUGAUGGUUGUAGGAUCACUCACAGUUAUGGGAAUUGGUAAUGAUUUUGUUUUUUUUUUGUUUUGCAAUAAAAUGAAACAGAAAUCCUAGCAUUAAUUUUUUGCUCACCGUUUUAAAAUCAGCCGUGAACUAAAUAACUUCCACUAAUGUUUACUAGCUUGUUACAGCAGAAAAGAAAGGUAAAUGCUCUUGAAAAUUUUUGUGUUGAGAAGUGAUACAUUGAUAUGUUGAAAAUUAAGACUGUGCAAUAAUUAAUAUACUGAGUGUCUGUGUUCUUCUGGGUGAGCCCAUCAGUUGAGUGAAGGUUUCAUGAGCUGCUUUAUCAGCUUUUUUGUCUGAAAAGAUGUGCAACUAAUUAAAAGAAACCUACUUUUUCAAGAGGCCUUCCACCUCUGCGGUAAGACCAAACUAAGCAGAGAAGUUAUAACUACUUCAGUAGUAAAUAUAUGAAACCAUACUCACAAAGCUUUGCCUGUGGAUUGAAAAAUUAUUUCAAGCCCUGUAGUACAGUCAACUCUCUCUAAGACGGACACCUUUGGGACCGGCACUAGCUGUCCAUCUAAGAGAGAUGUCCGUCUUAUAGAAAGUCAAAUAGAGGGAGUAAAGAAAGGCAGAGAGUAACUCUAGGUGUCCGUUUUACAGAGGUGUCCAUCUUAUAGAGGUGUCCGUUAAGAUAGAGUCGACUGUAGUGUUUGUUUUAAUGUUGCUACACCUUUUUUCUAAUGCUACAUUGAAAAUGCAGGGUGUGUUCCAUUGGGAUGAUUCAAAUUGGGAUCAGUGAUCCAAGAUCCCUUGGAUCAUAGCAUGUCAAAGGAACCAAUAAAUUAAUCUACCCUGACAAAGAAUUCAUUGCUGGCCAUGGGUUCAUUUGAUGUACCAUGAGCAGAGUGAUCAGAUCCUAAUCUGGAUCAUCCCAAGGGAAUGAACCGGUACAAAGAGCACUGCUCUGAUUUUUUUUGCUGUAACAGGAUUUUCUGAAGUUGGUGGUUAUGAAGGACUGAAAGACAAAUACAUGAUGGCAGUGUCAAAUGAUACUCUGUACUCAAACAGUAGCUGUGGUCGGCCCAGAGAAGACUCAUUUGUGAUGUUGCGUGAUCCUAUCAACUCCGACAUGCCUUGGGCAGGGUUCAUUUUUGGUCAAACAAUUGCUUCAAUUUGGUAUUGGUGUGCUGAUCAGGUCAGUUUUGUACCAUUCGGUCAAAUAUUUUACAUGAACUCAAAUUUACAUUUUUGCCUUGUAUUAUUUAAUGAUAUUUCCCAAAAUACCAUAUUAUUCUUUUACAAUGAUUUUAUUGGUGCUGAAAGGAUUUGGCUGGUGUUACAUUUGUAGGUAAAAACCAAGGUUUUAAUACCAUGGUGUCAUUCCAGAAAACAUUUUACCCCCUCCCGAGGUUUUUUCCAGGUUAAGACUCCCCUUCCCCCAUUCUGUAAAAUCCUGCCCAUAAAGCAUCCAAUCAGAAUGCACCAUUCAGCCUGGAGAAGUGCUUGCUAUAAUAUGUCUGUUACUUGACCCUAGGUUAUUGUUCAGAGAGCUCUUGCUGCCAAGAGUUUGUCUCAUGCUCAGGGAGGCUGUCUGUUAGCUGGUUACAUUAAAGUCCUACCACUUUUUACUUUGGUGAUGCCAGGGAUGAUCAGCCGAGUUUUGUCUCCAGGUAAGGCAGUGAAGAGUCAUGGGAGAAGAAUUAUAACAUGACAACAUUCAAAGAGAUAAUAGAGACAGGGGACUCCUCAUGAUCAAUGGAAGUGGGCAAAGGACAAGGGAAUUCUUAUAUGAAAUGAUGAAAGUUGGAAUAGGACAGAGAAUUUCCCAGAAUGAAAUUAUAGCUGCAGUACAAUGUGUAGGCAAAAGUCAGGGCAAUCCCCUUUGUGUGAUGGAAUUGGGAAAAGGUAACUGGAAUCCCCAUAGUACGAUGGGAGUGGGCAAAGGACACCAGAAUCCCUGCGCAGCUAUGACAAAACUGGGGAACUGACAGGAAAUUUCCCCAAACUAAGAAGGAAGUAGGCAAAGGAAGUAGAGGAAAGAUGUCCUAGUUGGUGGCUUUGGAGGUGUGGUUAUCAACAAAAAAGGAAAACAGCCCAAUUUACUUGAGUUGGGCUUGCAUUGUCAGGUUUGGGGUGUAGUUUAUGAUGGGAUGGGAAUUGUUAGUGUAAAAAACAAACAAAAAAUCCCAGAUUAUUUAUCUGUAGAGAACGACAUCUAGCUCUGUCUAUCUCAAUAUAAUAGUUAUGUUUUUCCUUUCUUUUUGAAAGGCCACAUCUUCAAUGCCGUUAGAGAACAUUGAACAGGAUAAUGAUACAGAGUGCAUACAGACUUGUGCCACCACAACUGCCACCUGUAAUGUAGCACUCCCAGAAGUUAAGCUUUUAGCGACCACAAUCCUUCUCUCCAGGUUGCUAUUUUGUAUUUGUGGCAUGUUUGUAGCCAGCAUUCAUUUGAACUUCCCCUAAACGAGAAUGCGUAGAAUACUGCAUCUGAUCAUGUGUGUUAAGACCUUUUAUUAUUUAUUAUCUGAUCACGCUUCUUUUGACCUUCUAUCACAUGAAAUUUACGCAAAGCACUGCACUGGAGCAAAAGAAUUUUGACCUUCGCACUCCCUAACCAUUGUUAUUACAAGUAUGAUUUUUAUGCCCCUCUCAUCUAAAACUAAGGUAGUACCCGAGGUCCAGCCAGAAGGUACCCUGGAAGUCUAUAGUUAUGAAUUUUGUCUUUCCUUGGUGACAGACCGAGUUGCUUGCAGUGUCCCAGAGAAAUGUAUGGAAAUUUGUGGCAGUGAAGUUGGUUGUACCAACAUUGCAUAUCCGGAGCUUGUUCUAAAACUGAUGCCAACAGGUGAGAAAUACCAGCCCCUCUGUAUAGUUUACUGUUGUGCAUACGUGUAGCUACCUUAGUCAUGACUGAAAACACAAAAUGCCUCCACUGCCCGGUCUUUCAGAUAUUCACUACAUUGUCGCCCUCAAUUGUCAUUCGUAAACAGAACAUUCUAUGGUGUAAAUAACAUGUUGCAAAUAAUAAACGUAAGGAGACAAAUGGGAUCAUAAAAAAUACAACUAUACAUAUUCAUUCCUUUCCCUCUGCGAUUACUGUUUUCUAACAUUUAAAAUUCUACGGACAUGAAUCGUGUUGUAUUGGUAGAAUUAUUGUUCAUGAAAUUGAACAACAGGGUGAUGUUGGGUUUAUAAGAAAAUCAAUCCUCAAUUCAUGUACAGUGCACUUGACUUGCUGAAAGCAUAAAUAAAUGGGUGGAGGGGAGGGGAGGGUUGAAUGCAUUAUCAGGACCAAUUUGUGAAAUUGUUAAACUCAUUUGGUCAAGGAAAUUUAACAAUUGUCAAGAAAAGUCGUGGAAUCUCAGCAACUUCUGGCUGUCACGACCAUGUUUAAAUACAACCUUGAUAUUACAAAAAAAAACUUGAACAGGUCUAAAAAAGUGAUUGCAUUUAGUGUUUAGUGUAAGAACAAAAACUCUGAAUGGUUAGCUCAAUUAGUCGGGUAACAGACUUAAAAACUGUAGGCUCAUGCAGGUUUGAUUCCUGCUGAACCAUUACUUUCAAGGUUUUAAGAAAUAAGGGGACAUCGGUGGACAGUUAACAGUGGGUUAGGGGAGGGGGGUGUGGGUAGUUAACAGUGACUUAAUGGAGGGAAGGGUCGGUGGGCAAUUUCCCAGCAUCCUCUGCCGAUCGUGAUAAUUGAGGAAAUUGUGCUGACUUUGUGUCACAUCUCCAAAUGGUUAGACAUUCAAGUCUACUUGAAUAAAUAAGAAAGGCCACAGGCCCAGUCCCACAGUAUUUAACAUAAUAGGGAGUUUAAAAUAACACGGUGGCGAAACUUAAAAAGUGGCUUCACAUCCUUUAAAAACUUCAACACGUUCAUCCUAUCCCGCUCACUUUUUCCAAUGUAGGCAAACUUUCCUGGAGUUGCAUUCCGAAGAAAAAUAUGCAGGUUUUAAAAAAAAUUGAGAAAUUCGUUGUCGUUUACAAUACUGAUCGUUUCACGUCGUAGUCCUACAAAGUGCGCUGCACGUACAAAGUUGUUGUUCAACGUACCAGACGAACUGUGCGAAAAUUUAGACAUCUUGCCGUUCAAAAAUUUUGAACGUCAAAAUCAAGAUGGGUGUAGUGUUCUGUGCAUGGGCGAAAAGUAAAACCAUUGACAAAAGCUUAAAUUCAGCCUGGUUCAUCUGUGUGAACUGAGCAAGAAUAUUGAACGGUUCCGUGUUUUGCCGCCCAGUUAACUUUUUCAUCCGGUUGAAAAUUCGUCCGACGCCGUGUGAGCGUAGCCUAAAACUAUUUUGCGUCUUCUUGAGGUGACAUCUUACAAUACCUCUGUGUGACUGUUGGAUACAAAAGACCUACAGUCGAACACUAUUGACUAACGACCACCUCCCUAAAACGGUCACUUUAUUUUGUCCCGGCGGACAGUCCAUACAUUGACCCUUAUUUAAACCUCUCUACAACGGCAACGGCCACAAAAGCGUGUCCCCAACUGCCAAAAUAACCUCUCGACAACGGCCAGUUUUUUCAGCCACUGAUGAAAAAGUCAAGAAUGGUUAUGACAUUUGAUACGUAUGGCGUACCAAUCCACAAAUUUAAACCCCUAAAAGGUGCAUGCAGCAAGCCCCCCCCAUAACGGCCACCUGUCAACAACGGCCACUUUCUUCUGUCCCCUGGGUGGCCUUUAUGGAGAGGUUCGACUGUACUUGCAUGUUACUUUAGGUCUGUUAUUGUGUGAUAUUUAAGGUAUAUGUUUUUCUUAUCCAGGGCUGAGAGGUUUGAUGAUGGCGGUUAUGAUGGCAGCUUUAAUGAGUGAUUUGACGUCAAUCUUCAACAGUGCCAGUACUUUGUUUACCAUUGAUGUUUAUGGCAGAUUUCGUAAAAAUGCCUCGGUCAGAGAACUCAUGAUUGUGGGAAGGUACAUGUUUGUAUUUCACCUUUCUCCAGAGUUUAACUCCCCCAAUAUCCAGAUACAAAUUCUCCACACUACUCUCCAUUCUUUGCCAUAAAGAAUCACUUGAGAGAAUUUGAUAGAAGAGCAAAUCAUCAGUUUAUUUAUUCUCAUUGAUAACCUUUCCCCUUAAUGUUGUAUUGACAUUGUUGGAAGAAAUUUGAUGUUGAUCACUCUUAGGACUCGCUAAGGGUUAACCUUGUUUCUCUAACAUGAAGCACCUAUCUAAGAGUAUUGCUUCUAUCCCUUGGACGGAAUGCUAGUUUAUGCAGGUUUGCCACGGUCAGGGGAAAAUCAGGGAAAACAAAAAUUUGUCAUGGUCAGUGAAAAGUCAGGGAAAGUCUUUGAUAUUGUCAAAGUCAGUGAAACGUCAGGGAAUUAUAUUUUCGUUGCACACAAAAUUCCGUAAGCGUAAGCGUAGUUUCAAAAGGAAGUCAGGAAUAUUUUCAAGUGUUAUGCCGUGUUUUGCAGGAUAAUGGUAGCGAUCAUGACCGGAAUAGGUAUCCUGUGGAUCCCAGUGGUGCAGAAUGUACAGGGAGGCCAACUUUUCAUCUACAUACAAGCUGUCAGUGCAUAUUUCUCGCCGCCAAUCGCAGCUCUAUAUCUGCUUUCAAUCCUUUGGACCAAAGCUACAGAAAAGGUUUGUACCGAAUGAUGCCAAGCAGGCAUUUUAUUGGCAGCAACUAACACUCUUUUUAGGUCCGUACAACGUAAUGUACCGGAGAGCCAAAAUUGGUCAAUUUUAUGCUCGAGUCAUUUCUUAGUAUCUUAACCCAUACAUAUAAUGCUCCUGUAGGGUUGUGAAGGAGAUAUCAAACAAAUUUCAUCAGGGAGGACUAACCAUAAUAUUUUUUGGCCAUUUUUUGCCGGCAUAUCAUUAAAAUUUGAAGGAUGGCCCAACUUUUUCAAGUUUCAGCCCAUGUCCAUCCUUGCCACCCCGUUGUGACAGACAACAGGAAACAGUUUUAAAGCCUUAAACAACAAAACUGAAUCAUUAUUUUUCGGAAUUCCAUUGAUAAGAUGAAGACACUCUUUAGCUUUUUAAAAAGAUAGCAGGCAGCGUGACAUAAAAAGAUAGCGAGUGGCGUGACAUAAAAAGAUAACAAGUAGCGGGACAUAAAAAGAUAGCGAGUAGCGUGACAUAAAAAGAUAACAAGUAGCGGGACAUAAAAAGAUAGCGAUUAGCGUGACUUAAAAAGAUAGCAAGUAGCGUGACAUAGCCUCUUAAACUAAAAUUCUGUGUUGUCAUUCCAUGCUACAGGGUGCAUUCUGGGGUAUGAUCUUGGGCUUCAUUGUGGGUGCUAUACGCAUGAUCCUGGACUUUACUUAUCAACCGCCUCGUUGUGGCGACGAGGAUACUCGUCCAUCCAUCAUAGCCAAGGUUCACUACAUGUACUUUGCCUUGAUUCUCUUCUGGCUUACCAUCAUCACCAUUGUUGUCAUCAGUUAUUUUACAGAACCAAUGCCGGAAGCCAAUGUGAGUAGAUAAAGACAUUUACCCGGGAAAAGAGUUGACUUGUUUUUCAUGCUUAAAAUUAGUUUAAUCGAAUUCCACUUAGUGAGUCUGUUGUUUAUUUUAUGACUUAACUUUGUGAAGCAGCUUGAGCGGCGUUAGUUUCUGGACAAAAGUAUUUCAACGAAAAUUGUCGCAGAAAUGCUUCGGUGUCAUGCUUUAUAAUUGGCUCAAAGAUCUCGCGCCACUUUUUGAGCCAAUCAGAACGGAACCAAACCCAGUCGCAGUUUCCACUCGUGCGUUUCUCCCGCGCUUGGCACCUUCUACCUGCUGGUUGGUUCAUCGAGUUAUUGCCUGUGUUGUGAUUGGUCGGUGUUACUAGGAAGCUUCACCAAAGAUGACGGUGAUGGCAACGAGAACGGGCAUCAACAACUUUGCACGUGCAGCACACUUUUCUUGUACAUUUUUUUGGCCGCAAUUGCACGACCAUAAACGUCCUAGUUUCACUUUUUAUGGAGGGCGCGAAGUCAAGAAAACGACUUUCUUUCUCUUUUUUGAACUCAAAUGCAGUUCUUUUGAAUUCAUCUCCAGAAAAAUUUCUCAACAUUUGACAUAUUGAGCGGGAUAGAAUAAGAGCGAUCAUAAUUUUUAAACAGCGCGAAUUAAUUUUAUGAGUGGCGUUUUUGCUGUGGUCGCCAGCUCCCUAUUACUUUGGUUUUUCAAUACAAACAUGCUUUGAACAUCAGGUGGCUCGUUUGACAUGGUGGACUCGUCAUGAUAAACCAUCAGACACUGAUGUCAUGGAAGAGGCUAGAGAUGAGGAGAUUGAGAAACAAGAAAUCACAGAAGACAGUGAUGAGAUUGAGAUGCAGGACAUUGCUGCGGAGAAAGAAGAGGAGAAGGACGAUAACGCUGUUACGGAAGAGACACCUGCUGUGGAUACUGUGCACCACAGUAAGUUAUAGAAGCGAGUAAAAUGAGUCAGUGGUGUAGCUGGUGGUUUUUGAUGUGAUAUUCGUUUUUGGUUCGUUUUAUACGGAUUCGCGCGGGGUCAAAGGAGAAAACGAUUGAGAAGGGGGUGAGAGGAGGGGAGGGAGAGGAAAAAUCUCACUGUUUUCUCUCCUCACCCCCUCCCCCAUCGACUUCUGGUUCGACCUCGGUUCAGCUUUCGCGCGGCUGCAUCUCUUACUUUGCGAACCACAAAAGAAAGAACAAAAGAGGCCGCCAGCUACCCAGGCCAUGAGUGCUCUGAGGAGAGAAAGCCUUAGUUACAGUAGAGAGAUUUACAACCAUGUCCACCGCAAAUAGUAAACGUUAGAUUCAGGUUGACAUACAAUUUCUCAAUGUAGGAAAUGAAUAUAUAAAAUCAUUGUAAAAUAAUUGUGGGAAUUAACCUGAUAUGAAACCUAGUCCUUAGUUUUGUUUGGGUAAUAAUAACAAAUAGUAUGAGACAAAUAAAUGAAGGCCUUGGUCACAUGAUGCAACUCGGUUACGUUUGACGUAAAUGUUUAAUAACUUAAGCAACAAGUACGGGGUAGGGUAACAGAAGCGGUGAAACUUUGUACGUUCAUCACACUUCUAUUCCCAUCACUGCACGACUACAACGUAAAAUUCUCUAGUAUAUUGUCGAGUGCUUGUCCAGUGAUUAUAAUGCAUUACGAAAACUCCUGAAAAAAUAACGAAUUUAUCCCUUUCCCCUCUCCUUCCCCCGCUAACAAGCACCUGCCGUUACUUGAAUCGCGGAUAGCGGACUCUUUUUCUGGUCCCAAGGAUGUCAACGCGCGCUAGUUUUAACACCGCGGUCCAUCACAAAUCUAGGAGUAAACAUGAUAUUUUAGGUAUCCUUUUCUAGCAAUCUAGUGUGAAAGCUUGUGUGGCCAAGCAGUUAACACCUCAUCUGGAGGUCCCGGAUUCAAGACUCGCCCGUGGCGUUGCUUCCUUGCUUCACCCAGGUGUAUAAAUGGGCUGCGAUCAUGGACUAGCAUCCCCUCCAGAGGGGAGUAGCAAUACUCCUAGGUGUUCCAUGCUAAUGAAACCGGGAUAAGCUCCUGCCGUUUGAGUCUUGUGUGCGCCUUUACCUUACCCUUUUACCUUUCUAGCAACCUAAUCCUACCUUUAUCAUUAAAUAAAUUGCUCAGUGAAGGAUGCCUUCGCGCAUACAGCUGUUAUUCGUUUAUUUUGCCGAAAACUUCGCAAUGUAUAGCCAAUGUUUUGUAGUGCUGUGUUCAGGAACGCGUAACGAACCCCUAAGAACGUCUGCGUGGGAGGCUAUGUUUAUUUGGCUAUUUUUGGCCAAGGACGCGGCCUGCUCCAAAUUUUCCCGCGCAAGUACAGAACGCGGGGAAAACUUUCGCCCUCAUUUUCGAAAGCGACAAAUACUUAUGUUCCUUGACUGUAGCUCUUUUUGUUUCAGAACACAAGCCACACUCGAAGAUAAAACGCUUCUAUUCGUGGUUCUGUGGUUAUGAGGCAGGAACGGAAGAAGCCAAAAAAGCAGCUCAUGAACAACAUGAACGUCUUCAACACCUCACAUCCCUGGAGCGAAAUCGUUACGCCGAAACCUUCCUUAACAUCAAUGUUCUUAUUAUUAUGGCAAUCGGGCUCUACCUUUUUAUUUUCUUCUCCAUUUAA